AUGGUACUCUUGAUUAUGGGUUGGUAUUUCUUCUGCGGAUGGAGUCACUCCAGCUUAUGGCAUUUGCUGAUGUUGACUGGGGGUAGCAUCGAUGACAGACAAUCGAUAUUUGGAACGUGUGUAUUUCUUGGUGGUAGUUUGGUGAAGUGGAACUCAAAAAAGAAUAAAACGAUGUCUCGAUCCACCACAGAGGCUGAAUAUAGAAGUUUAGCCGAUACUACGUCUGAUGUUAUUUGGCUUGAAGCUUUGUUAAACGAUAUGAAGGUUCAAGUUCGAGCUACGUCUGUGGUAUUGAAAAUGAAUGAUUAUCAAGUUGCUGAGGCUGAAACCAAAAGCUGGUUAGAGAUGGUGCUGAAAUCCAUGUCUGCAUGGUCCAUGCCUUUGGCUUUGUCGCUUUGGAAUUUGAAGAAAGAAUAUAAUUUGAAGUUGACGUAA